AUGGAACAAGAAAAUAUAAGAAAACCACCAACUAGUAAUAAAAAUAAUAAAGAACGUGUUUCAUAUAACAUUGUAAACACACAAGAAGUAGAAAGAGAAAAAAUAAACAAUAAGAAUUCUCAGGAGUCAAGUGAAGAUGUAGAACUUGAAUCUGAUUCAUUUGACAAAAAUAAAAUACCAAUAACAUUUUCUAAAGACAAUUACAAUCUAGAAUUAGCACUUGCUAUUUCACAUUCAUUAGAAAAUAAAUUUACUAAUAUUUUAAACCCUUUAGAGAUCACAAAUUUAUUCGAAUUCCAGCUUAAAAUCCUCAUUAAAAAGUAA